AUGGAUGUACAAAAAAAAAAAAAAUGCAAACCGUAUUAUUUUAUAGCUAUACUGAUAUGGUUUAUAUUAAUAUCAGUAGUAUUAUCCAGGGGUGAAAUAAUAAACAAACAUGUUAAAAAAAAAGAAGGGAAUUAUAAAAAUUAUGAGGACCUCGACUCGGAUAUAAAUAAAAAAAAUAAUUAUUAUGAUGACAAACAUAAAAAUAAGAGGCUUCUAAGUGAUACUAAUAUAAAUAAUAAUGAUAAUAUAAAUAAUAAUGAUAAUAUAAAUAAUAAUGAUAAUAUAAAUAAUAAUGAUAAUAUAAAUAAUAAUGAUAAUAUAAAUAAUAAUGAUAAUAUAAAUAAUUAUGAUAAUAUAAAUAAUAAUGAUAAUAUAAAUAAUAAUGAUAAUAUAAAUAAUUAUGAUAAUAUAAAUAAUAAUGAUAAUAUAAAUAAUAAUAAUAUAAAUAACAAUAAUAAUAAUAAUUCUUUUUAUAAUAAUUACACGCACCCUACACAAGACGGUCAUAAGAACGAUCCGGAAGAAAAGAAAAAUUACAAAUAUGAUGAUAAAACAAAAUUUACCAAGUUUAAUAAACACAAAAAUGAAGAAUUAUUCACCAGCAAUUCCCCUCUUAAUUAUGAAAAGCAAACAUUAUCAAACCAUCAAAACAUUCCUUAUGAUUCUACGGGGCAGGAGGGGAAUAAGGACCUGAACAAUUCAGGAAAUAUUAUAAGUCAAGAAUUGGGAAAAAGAUUAUCAACAGAUGGUAAUAAGGAAGAAGGAGAAAGGAAAAAAGAAGAAAGUAAUAAGAACCAUGAUAUAAAUACAAAUAAUAUGGAUAAUGAAAAAAAAAUAAAUGAUGAUAUAUCAACAAAUAAAGAAAAAAAUAUUUAUGAAUAUUUUAAUAAAAAAACAAAAGACAAUUUCGAUGGACUUAUAUUAAAUAUAUAUUUUACACCUAAUAAUAAUUUAUAUACAAAUGUAAAAGUAGGUGACCAACUUUUAAAGUUAUCAUUAAAUAGUAGAUUAGAAGGCGUUUAUGUGUAUAUGAAGGAUUCUCCUGCAUGCUAUUUAGAAGAUGAUGAUAAGAGAUCUUGUUAUAAUCCUCUUAUGUCAAGAAAUUCUACAUGGUGUAACAAUGAUUUAAUGUGUCUCCCCGCUAUUCUAACCAAACCAUAUGAAUGUUAUGAGGAUAGUGCUUUGAAUUUAGAAAACAAGGUUCAAUAUCCUAAUGUGUAUUAUGAUUCUCUAAAAUUUAAUGAGACUCAUAUUGAAGGGUCAGAUGAUAUAGAGUUCAUAGACCUAGUGGGUGUUCAGACAAAAUAUAUUAGAAAUAAAAAGAAGAAAAUGGAUGUUAAUAAAAUGAGGAGUAAUGAAAAUAAAAGUAUGGAUCCUAAACAUGUGGAAAAUAAUUUACAGAAUAAUAAUAUUUUUAAAAGAGAUAAUAUUAUCAUAAAACCAAGAGUUAAAUUAUCGGAAAAUUCAAAUCUUCUUUUCCAAGGUGUAGAUAUAAAACUUGUAGUAGAUAUGACUUUUUAUAAUGACUGGAAUUUAUUUAAAGAUACGGAUGGUAUGCUUGGUUUGGCUGGAAAAGAAUUAAGUUGUAGAAAUAUAAGUGCAUGGAAUAAUAUUAUAGAAAACAACAAUUCUAUAUUUGCUUUAGAUAUAAAUUUGCCAAGUGAUGCCAUAAAAGCUUACACUCCACCUGUUAAUAGUGUAGGUAUAUUUUAUUAUGAAUAUGUUUUAAAACAAAAUGGAGAUAAAAACGGAGAUAAAAAUGGAGAUAAAAAUGGAGAUAAAAAUGGAGAUAAAAAUGGAGAUAAAAAUGGGAGUGGUCAAAAUGGGAGUGAUAAAAAUAUAAAUAAUGUAAAGGAUAAUAUGAUAGAUAACAAAAAUGUUGAUGUGGGUAUUCAAAAUAUAAACGAAUUUGAGACGUCUAAUUCUGUUAUACAUAUAGGUAAUUAUAGAAAAGAAUAUGGAAACAUUAUUUGGUCGGAACCACGAGAAAGAGGAGGUAUAUUUUCAGAUUCUUUCAUUCAAUUUACUAUAUAUAACUUAGAAGUAUGUAAUAAAAAUAUAUUUGGUAAAUAUAGUAGUAACUGGCAAGCUAUAAUUGAUUUGAGUAGUCAAUGUUUAGUACUCCCAAAAAUGUUUUGGUUAAGUCUUAUGGAGUACCUCCCAGUAAAUAAGGAUGACGAUAGAUGUAUAGGAAAAAAUAUGAACAAUAAUAAUAAUAAUAAUAACAAUGACAAUAAUAAUAAUAAUAAUAAUAAUGGUGAUAGUGUAGAUAAUGAAGAAAAUAGCCUACCCAGAAUGUGUUCAGUUGAUGAUAGAAAUAGACCCUUACCAACAUUAAAAUUUUUCCUGUCGGACAAUGACAUAGUUAGUGAUAAUAACAUAUAUAGUUCUCGUGAAUCGGAAAAUAAAGGGGAAAAUGAAAACGAAAAUAAAAAGAAAAAUGAAAAGAAAAAUGAAAAGAAAAAUGAAAAGAAAAAUGAGAAACAAGCUAUUUAUAUACCAUUAGAUAAUUUAAUUAUAAACGAUAAAAAGAAUAAUCAAAAUUAUUUAUGUGUUAUACCAGAUGUACAUGAUGGUAGGUCAACCGAGAAUAGCGCUAGAACAACAAAACCAUUAAUUAAGUUUGGUGCUUAUGUUUUAAAUAAUUUUUAUGUAGUUGUUGAUCAAGAAAAUUAUAAAGUAGGGUUUACAAAUAAAAAAAGCUUUCAUACAUCAAAUGAAAAAUGUACACAAAGAGCUCAAUGUAUAGGUGAUCAAUAUUAUGAACCAGCUCUUAAUAUCUGUGUAGAUCCUGAUUGUUCUAUAUGGUAUUUUUAUACAUUGAAUGAUCAAACCAAAAAAUGUGAGUCGUUAUCAUCAAGAUUUUAUGUCUUUAUAAUAAUUAUUUUGACAUUAUUAAUAUUGGACAUACAAUCGUAUUACUUCUAUAGAAAAUCAGUGCAUGUCGCAAAAACAUCUUCUCGAUAG